CACUUUUCUUGCAACAACAACAUAACCUCUCUGAUUGUUUAUUUUAAAAUUAUUAUAAAUUAAAAUUUUGCCAACAAAACAAUUAAAAAUAAUGGACGACGAUACAGUAGCGUUCGGUGACGAAGACCUGGGUGCCAAAACGGGGCUUUUGCCGCACCCUUACGUGACAUUGUUCCACGUAGGCUUCAGGUCGGCAGCGAUUGCCGCUUACCUGUUUUGCAGCUGGUUCAGCGACAGCUUCAUAACCAGCUUCGUUGCCAUAGUUUUGUUGCUAUCCAUGGACUUUUGGACUGUGAAAAACAUCACUGGACGUCUCAUGGUAGGGCUGCGCUGGUGGAAUUACGUGGACGAAGAGGGCAAAUCUCAUUGGGUUUACGAAUCGAGAAAGAAUAGGAUAAAUGAAAGGGAAUCUAAAAUAUUUUGGACGGCCUUGUUUUUGGUUCCCUUAAUUUGGGGGCUGUUUUUUUUGGUUGCCUUAUUCGGGCUUAAGGUUAAAUGGAUGCUAGUUGUGUUAAUUGCCUUAAUGCUAAAUGGUGCCAAUUUGCACGGUUAUAUUCGUUGCAAAAUGGGCAACAAGGACAGUUUUGGCACUAUGACGUCAGAUUUUCUUAGGAAACAAGUCAUGGCCAACGCUAUUAAUAUAGUAACAAGACAAACACCACCUCAAUCGCAACCAACAAAUAAUACAGUGUGAUUUUAUUUAAUUUUAGAAUAAAUACAAUUUCCAUUUAUCACAGUUGUUGCCUUAACAAUUCAUCAAUUUGACUUUUAUACAUGUCUUUAACAUCCUCCAAAUCCAACUUCAAUUCCUCAGUUUCCUCCACUUUUUCUCCAAAUAGCUGGCAUAAAGUGUCAUAUUGUUUUUGCAACUCGGUUAGCUGCAAUUUUAUUUGGUUGUAGUUUUUAUCUACAACUUCCAGCUCCUCAAUUCUGUUAAUUAAUUUGGAAAUUUCCAAAUUGAGCAGGGAGCGUUCCUGUUCGCGCCUGUUUAGUUCCCAUUGGGCCUGUUGCAGUUCGCCUUCGCGUUGUUUUAAUGUGGAUUGUAGCAUUUGCAUUUCAAACAUGUUGGUGUAGCGGGGUGCGUGCGUGGCUUCAAAAGGUUCAUCCUAAAAUUGAUUUACAAUUUAUGUUAUGCACAAAUUCACACUGAUUCUGAGUAGGGUUGCCAGGUGUUACGUAUUAAGCGUGAUUGUCACAAUUUUUGAAUGAUUGCCACACAUUACACCUGAGUAUGCGCAUAACACGCUUUUUCAUAAUUUCAUGUAAACGCUUCCUAAAUAAAUUAUUUAUUAGUUAAAAAUAGACUUGCUUUAAUAAUAAUAAUAAUGUUUAUUUAUUCUCUUGUACAAUUUACUAAAUUUAUAUUUCUAUGAUUAACAUUCUUAUAUAGGUACUAAUACUAAUAAUGAAGAAAAAAAUAUGAUUAAAAUAAACAAUUCACUUAUGAAGUGAUAAAUCCACUUAUUGUGAAAGAAAGUCAAAAUUGGGAUAUUUUUCAUAAUCGGGUGGUUUUUAGUUGAAUUCGGGUUUGAAUAGUUAUUUAUGAUAUAAGUGCUAAAAGUGACAUUUUAUUUUGUGAAUAGGGAAGUUUGGGACACGACGCCAAAGGCGGAGUGUUCCAUCCCUUUGAACAAAAUAAAAUCACUUUUAUCACGAAUAACAUACACUAUUUUUUCUACAAACGCACUAAAAAUGAUUACUUUUAGCACUAGUGCUAAAAGUAAUCACUUUUAACACCAGUGUCAUAAAAUGGCAUUUUAGACACUGACAGCAUCCGUUAAAAAUGACACUUUUAGUGACGUUUGUAGAAAAAAGUCAUUUUUGGGGUUUUUAAAGACAAUAUUUGGAUAUUCAUUCAGACAUGUUUGGAAAUAUUUUUUCGCAGGUGCUUUAGAGGUUGGACCUGUCAAAAAAUGACAGUUGGAGAAAAAAAAAUUCAUAUUAUUGGACCUGUCAAAAAAAAAUGACACUUGGAAAAAAAAAUUAAAAUUUAUAGGUAUCAUUGGACCUGUCGAAAAAAAAAUUACAUUUGAAAACAAAAUUUUUUUUUUUAGGAUUGGACCUGUCAAAAAAUGACGUUUAAAAAAAAAAUAUAUUUUUUUUAUAACUUUGGACCUGUCAAAAUAUGACAUUUGAAAAAAUAAAAUAAAAAUUAUUAUUAUUGGACCUGUCAAAAAAAAAUGACACUUGGAAAAAAAAAUAAAAAUUUUAUAGGUACCAUUGUCAAAAAAAAAAUUACAUUUAGAAAAAAUAUUUUUUUUUAUAAGAUUGGACCUGUCAAAAAAUGACGUUUGAAAAAAAAAUUUUUUUUUUUUAUAACUUUGGACAUGUCAAAAAAUGACAUUUGAAAAAAUAAAAUAAAAAUUACAUAUUAUUAUUGGACCUGUCAAAAAAAAAUGACACUUGGAAAAAAAAAUAAAAAUUUUAUAGGUACCAUUGUCAAAAAAAAAAUUACAUUUAGAAAAAAUAUUUUUUUUUAUAAGAUUGGACCUGUGAAAAAAUGACAUUUGAAAAAAAUAAAUAAAAAUUUUUCAUAUUAUUAGACCUGUCAAAAAAAAAUGACACUUGAAAAAAAAAUAAUAUGUAAUAUGUAAUAAUUUAUAGGUGUCAUUGCACCUGUAAUUUGAAUUUUUUUUUUUUUUUAUAACUUUGGACCUGUCAAAAAAUAACAUUUGAAAAAAUAAAAUAAAAAUUAUUAUUAUUGGACCUGUCAAAAAAAAAUGACACUUGGAAAAAAAAAUAAAAAUUUUAUAGGUAUCAUUGGACCUGUCAAAAAAAAAAUUACAUUUGAAAAAAAAAAAUUUUUUAAUAGGAUUGGACCUGUCAAAAAAUGACAUUUGAAAAAAAAAUAUUUUUUUUUUCAUAAGUUUGGACCGGUCAAAAAAUGACAUUUGAAAAAAAAAAAAUCAUAUUGGACCUGUCAAAAAAUGACGUUUAAAAAUUUUUAUUUUUUUUUUUAUAAAUUU